AUGGUUAUGGUUGGUUCCUUUCUUGGCCCAAUAGCAGCUGGCGUGCAGGCGACCAACCAAGGGUGGCGUUGGUCUUACCGUACGCUGGGCAUAUUCAAUGCCAUUUUCCUCGUGCUCUUCGUUUUUCUCUAUGAGGAAACCAAAUACGUCCCCGCUAUCACAGGCCAAUCAGAGGUUGAUUCAAACCCAACUGAGUAUAUCCCUCGAGGCGAUAGUAAGGAUCAAAAACAAGCAUGCCAAUCCGAAGCCAACUCUACGCAUGUCAUCACAGAGCCGAGUAAUUUGCAUCAUGAAAUAAACCACGACAUCGCUAUGAACUCAUGGCGCAAGCGACUGGCUCUUAGCACAGCAACACCGGAAACUAUCUGGCCAUACUACUACCGUCCUUUUCAAAUUUUAUGUGCCUUUCCAGCUGUCGCGUAUACUGCCUUGCAGUAUGCAUCCGGCGUUGCUUUUCUUACCAUUUUGUCGAGCGUUAUCUCUCUUACCUUUCCAUUGCCGCCAUACUCGUUUAGUCCUGAACAGAUAGGAUUUAUGAGUGUGGGUCCCUUUAUUGGUAACCUUAUCGGAGUAUCUUAUGGUGGAAUACUGGGUGAUUGGUCCAUUAUCUACUUCUCUCGGAAAAAUAAAGGAUAUUUUGAACCCGAGAUGCGUUUAUAUAUCCUCCCCAUACCGGCAGUUUUCAUGUCGGGCGGGUUAAUGAUGUUCGGCGCUACCGUUUCCAGGGGGAUGCACUGGAUCUACCCAAGUAUUGCGGGCGCAUUCUUUGGAUUUGGGCUGGGCAGCAUCAGUGAUGCAGCUUUAACAUUAGUCAUUGACAGUUAUCGUGAGCUUACAGGUGAUGCCUUUACUGGAAUUGCUUUUAUGCGCAAUGCCGUCAGUAUCGGCAUACCUUUCGCUAUUACACCUUGGAUAAAUCAGAAUGGAAUUCAAAACAUGUUCAUUAUUGCAGGAUUCAUCAGUCUUGGAAUAACUGGCUUGAUGGUUCCAGUCAUAAUCUGGGGCAAAAGGGCUCGACGUGCCCUAGCCCCACACUAUCGUGAGAUGGUGAGAAAGCAAGGGCACAUGCAUUGA